UUUUGUCCCAGUGCAUGGCAUUCUAUGACUUGCUUUAACAAGUUUUGAAUUUUGCCAUUGGGUAGUGUUUUUUUGCUGAUACUGUUGAACAGUUUGCUUUAUGUUUUCUACUUAUCUUGGGGAAAUGGACUUUUGUGUAUGAAUGGUUAUUUUUCUGUUCAUAAAGUUCCCUCCCAUCAUAGAGAUCCAUGUGACCAUUUAGUUAGGUACUGAUCCUCUGCUCUAUGAUUGUUACCACCGUCUACUUUUGUUUUAUCUAUUUGCAAGUGGGAUAUAUUUUGUGUUGCGUAUUUGCUUGUUCCAUUUGUCCGCCUUUAGCUGCUUCACUGGCCAUUAUGAAUUCAAUUUACAGACAACUUUGCUAGUUUGUUUAAAACUGUCUUCAUUACGGUUCUUUUGAGGUUAAUACCAUCUCUGGUCAUUACCAAUUUAAAUGAUAUGACAAUUUUGUAAGCAUGUUUCUAUUGUGGUGUGUUCCAUACGAUUCCUUUGAGCUAGAAGACGACAUAAACUCUAUUGGGCCUUCAUCUCAAUUAGCUGAAGGGAGAGAGAAGCUGGAAAUAUGUGCUGCUGAUCCCACCAGCAAACCUGCUGCUUUGAUGGAAGUAAAGGCACCUCCUGGGGUUUUAGGCAAAAAAUCUGAUAUGGGGACUCCUUAUGCUGAUACUGGUGCAGCCGCUGUCAAGAACAACAUAUUCCUGUCUACAGGUUCCCAAUCGCUGAACUCUAACCUACUGGCAACUGCAUUUGACAAAUCGAAGGAGACAAAUAUUGAAAAGGUUUCACCAUUUCCAUUUUCACCGUCAACCCCCUUAACGGGGUCAAAGCCAGGAAGCUCGAGCAGCCUGUCCAAUCUGGCAUCCAGCGCAACUGAUGCUCGGCGUAACUAUGGCAAAUUAGAAGCAGUACCAACAAGUGGUAUUUUCUCAUUUGAUGCUACAUCCAGCACUUCAAGUAAUGGACUGUUUGCUACCAGUCCUGCUUUCUCAGCCACCUCUGCCUUGACAUCUGGUAAUUUUAAAAAUGACGUUUCGACUAGCAGCUCAAAUGUUGCUGCUCCUUUGACAAGCAUUUCAAGUACGAUUGAUGCUACAAAAGGAAGCUCUACCACCUCUGCUAGCAGUUUCUUUGGUUCCAGUGCAGCAUCCUUACUUCCCAAGGAACCUCCUGCCAAAUUUGGUUUCUCCAUGGUUUCACCAAAAGCAGAUUCAGCACCAGCAACAACAUCCACUGCAGAAACUACAGAUGUGAAAGCCAAAUCUGAGACUAGAACUACUUUUGGCAACUUGAAGUGUUUACCUUUUUGUGGCUCUACAAAUAGUAUUUUUGGUAUUUGUUCAUCAGUAAUGUCAACAGUUACUACAGCUAGUGCACAGUCUCAGGGUUCUGUUUUGGGAGGUGAAUCACUUGUUAGUGCACCGACUUCUGUUGGUGGAUCAGGCAUUUCUCCUGUCUUAGGAAGCAUGCCACCUCCGUUCGGUUCAUCUACUUCACUGCCACCCAUAGCAAAAUUUCCUGUGUUUUGUUCUUCACCUGGUACUACUGGUCAAGUUUCUGCUUCUCCUUCAAAUAAUGAUCUAGUUGGCUCUACCAAUGUUGUUUCUGGAAUAUUUAGUUUUGGUGCUAGUUCAUCAGCUUCCAGUGCAGCAGGCAGUUCAAGUGGGCCUACCAAUGGGACAGCCCCAUUGGUAUUUACUUUUGGUGCCAGUUAUGCAGCUCCUACUUCAAAAGCCAGUGUACCUGCUAAUUCCAGCAGCACUACUCCUGGGAUAUUCAGCUUUAGUGGUAGUUCAUCAGGUUCCUCAACAAAUGCUGUAAACAUCUCCAGCAGCAUUACCCCCAGUAUAUUUAAUUUUGGUGGUAAUUCUUCAUCUUCCUCGACUAAUGCUGUAAAUGCUUCAGCUACUCCUGGCAUAUUUAAUGUUGGUGGUAGUUCUUCAACUUCCCCUGCAAAUGCCGACAACGCCUCCAUUACAUCUGAAAUCUUCAGUUUUGGUGCUAGUUCUUCAGCUCCCUUGACAAAUGCGGGUAACAUUGUCAAUCAUAGUACCUUCAACUUCAGUGCUACUUCAGCCUCUUCACAAGCCUCUAGCACUGCUGGAACUUUUGGAUCUAGUUGGCAGACCCCCAAGUCCUCUGGCUUUACUUCCACAUUUAGUUCUUCCAACCCCUCUGGUGGGUUUACAUUUGGAGCAUCUUUGUAACACCUCGGAAAAUUUUUGAAUUCAAGUUUAGUACUUUAAGUGGGCAUGACCCUGAAUUUAUAAAGAGUUACAUGGUGUAGGUAUUGUACGGAGAA